ACGGUGCUGCUGUGACUGCUAAAGAGUCAGGACUGAGAGGAAACCUAAAGGAACCUGAAGGGAAACUUGACGGGAAACCAUUCGCCGUCCGCUGUCACCUCCCCAACCACAUCCACACCUAAUUAAUCCCCUUCUCAUCAAUCCUCUCUCUUUCUUUGGUUACAACACCCCCGUCUCCCGUCUCCCGUCCGCCGUUUUCCCGUUCCAGAUCAUCCAUCCAUCACUGAGAACGUCCCGGACAUUUUGCUAACUGGGACUUGUUCCAUCUUUUUUCCUCUCCUUCCCUCCCCGUCCCCUUUUCUACCUCUUCCUCUAACCUCUCUCUUAAACCUCAUCAUUUAUCCUCCUCCUCCUUCCCCUCUCCUCCCCCGAUUUUUAGUCUACCUCUUCUUCUCUUCCUUCUUCCCCCUCUCGUCUCCCUCCCUUGACUACUUAGCUACCUACUCCUCCGUCAUUCGCAAUUUGGUUCGUCUAAACCCAACAACCCUUACGUCGACGAAAUCUCCAUUCGACCUUUUUUUGCACCAACGAGAAGACGAGGCCAUCGCGCGAAUCCAAUUCCCCCUUUCGCACGACUAUUUCUUGUUCAUUAGUAGUCUUUUUAUUAGCUACUUUUGAGACGUCGCUGGUUUCCAGGGUCAUCCGCCUAUUACCUUGGCUCCUAGAAAUAUCGAACUGCGACCAUUAAGUAACGCUUUUGAGGUUACUCCGCCAUUUCCUGCCAAAUCUUUGAAUAUAGGAAUUUGGUUCAUUCGGCCUCCUUCGUUGUGCUGGCUGUAUUUGUGCACCUUUAUCGCCACCUAGGAUCUCGCAGUGUCUUCGUUUUAAGCUUCGCGCAUUUGUUGCCCAAGGCCUCAAUCUUGUUUUAGGCAUCUCGCUACACCUGACGGAACAAACUUUUGUGGUCAUUGACCCUGAGGCGGAACCCCCGAACCUUGUUUCACCCGACUCUUCUUGAGCACUUUAUAGACAGUUUCUUCUGCGCUUGGUACCCUCAACUUUACUUAGCUACACCGCUUUCACGACCGAGACCCACGAGCCAACGAUUUGAUGCCGCAUUUUUAACUGCUUGUUACGCAUCCCCGAUACCCCCUCGCGUCCGCAUUCCUGACACACUGCACAUUCUGUACGUGUCAGCUUGAUAUAAAACCUCAAGAAAAGCAGGUGAAGUCGACUGCUGGGUAAAAACAGCAGCUAUUUGCCAAGCUGGAUCCCGUCAUCACAAUGUCGCAGCAACCGCACGAUAUGGGUUACCUUGACUAUGGUACAUCAACCAAUCGCUCCCCGAACUCGAGACAGAACUAUGCUACAGCCGGUGGUUUCGCUGGCCUCUCGCUACCUCGCCAGUCCCAACGCCCUUUUGAUGCUCCUCUAGGUUCAUCUGCCCUCUACCCUGCCGACAGGAUCGGAAGUGGGUACAACCACCGUGGUAUGGAGAAUAUGGCUGGUAUGCAGGGCUACAUGCUGGAUAAUGGUCAAGCUUGGAACUAUAACACAACUGGAGUCGCUACUGUUAACGGUGCCGUGAAUGGCCCUGGACGACAACGAAACGUGAACCGACGAGCCGCUCUUCCUCAGAACUGGACCGAUCACAGCGCUCUUGGUAUUCAUGGCAACCAUGGAGGUCUUCAGCCCUACCAAGGAGGCAUGAACAACAACCCCAUGUCAAAUGGUGGUCUCCGUGUUGAGCACCCCGGAUCUCACGGUUCCCCCACUGAUCUUCGAUCAAACACCUCAGACGCCGACCAGCUUAUCCCUACAGCUAUUGUUAUUAAGAACAUCCCUUUUGCCGUUCGAAAAGAGACUCUGGCUUCUAUCAUGCUUGAGAUGCACCUCCCUCAGCCAUAUGCCUUCAACUACCACUUCGACAAUGGCGUCUUCCGAGGUUUGGCUUUCGCAAAUUUCCAGUCUGCCGAGGAUACACGCAUGGUGAUUGAGGCGAUGAACGGCAUGGAUGUCCAUGGCCGUAAAUUGCGCGUCGAGUACAAGAAGAUGCUCCCUGAGGCUGAGAGGGAGAGGAUUGAACGCGAGAAGCGAGAGCGACGAGGCCAACUUGAGGAGCAGCACCGUGCCCCCAUGCUUCACCAGCAAAGCUCUAUCCAGUCACUUGGCAGUCUUUCACAGUCUCAAGCUAGAGGACCAUCGCACCUCGGCAUGCUCGAGGCAUCUCGUGUUCAGUCUCCCGCACUGACCAUGCCAGGCGAUGUUGAUUUAAACGACCCCCAGACUCUCGAGUUCUACACUGAAUUGGUUAUGUUCCGUCGUGACGAAGCCCGAGAGGUUCUGGUCUUCCCUGCUGGUAUCGCUCCCGAGCAUCGACGAUCCAUCCACAUUCUCGCACACAACAUGGGCCUUGAGCAUCAGUCUGUGGGCGAUGGCGAAUCGCGCCAGCUUACGGUGCUGAAGCGACAACAGCCAUCACCCACCGCCCACAUCCACAGUCAGCCAGGCACCAACCUUGACAUGCAUAAGCGUGGCCUCAGCCGUGCUGCUACAUUUGACUUUGCUGCUGACCGUGAGACACGAGCUGCCAGCAGCAAUUAUUCCCACAUGAUGGGUCGACAGGGUCCCACUAUCGAGCUUCCUGGAAGCCCUGAAGGCAACGGCAUCCCCAACAACCUUCGAGCCGCCAAGAGCUUUGCUGAUCUGCGAUCCUUCACCCCCAGCCCUUCGCAGGCUUCUUCCAGCUACCUCGCCCCUUCGGGAAUGAACAACAUGGGUGGUAGCUCGACUGCUGCUCGCUUCGGUGACUACAUGGGAGGUGCCAUGUCACCUUCUGGCCACCCCGGCAACUCUGGUACUCCUGGACCCAAGAAUGAUUCUGCUCUUCUGAGUAGCCUCAACAGCCUGAACUUGGGCUAUGACUCUGGCUCCAUGCAGAACCAGGCGCGAAGCACUCCUGGCGCUAUUGGCAGCCAGCGCCCCGGUAACAGCUCUAAGGGAGCUCCUGAGCGACAGCCUCGCGGACCUGAGUGGGAGACCAAUGCCGGAUUUGCUGGGCGACGUGCUAACGGCCACGCCACGCGCGGUAGUGGUGGUACGUCAACCGACACAUGGAACAACUGAACGUUGGCUAACUCAAGAUAGACUCGUCUGACAAUGGGGCACGCGUCGGCUCAAGCUCGACCAACGCUUCGCGAUAUCACUGAACGUGAUUCACCGGCCACCCCUUGACGGGUUAGGCUUUCGACGACCUGUGUGUCAGGCGCCGACUAUAACUGCGCGUAUCAUUACGGAUUAACGACAAUGACCACGACGCAUUGAUAUUUUGCAUCGCAUUUGCUUUUAUGACUUGUAAUACCGACAUACCUGGGGAAGUGAUGGCAGGAAUUUCACUUGUCUUGUUGAACCCCAUUGCAUAUAGUUUACGUGGGAACGGUUUACGACUUUUGAAGAUUGUGGGGGAGACGACAGUGGCCUAAGGAUGUGUGCGUGUGGCCGACUUGAUGACAGUUACCGAUGAGAGAGAGCAUGGGAUAGGAUAUCUGGAUACACAAAUGUUUUCGACACAACUGGGCAACCAAAGAUGUAUAAGGUCACAAACUACAGAAGCACUUGGCAGCACGCAUGCACGCAUAACCUGGAAUACCCUCAGCACGUACCCCGACAAGACCUACGACCACUAUCACUACCACCACUUGACGAUUAUGACGCUUUUACGACGUUACGUCUAGACAGCUAUACCGGCUUCUCCUCAUCAGGCUGUUCAGCGUCAGCAAUGGGAGGGGUUGCCUCGGCGACUUACAACCUACUACUAUACCCACCAAAUCAAAUAAUUUCUGUCUAGGCGCUGUUCCUGGCAUGACCGCGACGAUGAAGACGACACAUUUGGAGACGCCCGAGUCCGGCUUUUGGACCAAGGGGCACUGAAAGGGGCCGAUGGACGAGUGCGAUAUGGGUGUUUUUUGAGUCGAAGGCCCGGCCCCGUUGGAAGGAAAAGAAAAAAGUUACAAUAUCUGGUUAUCUGCAUUACAGUUGAAUUGUCUUGGUUCAUGGUUCUGUUACAGUUUCUGUUUAUCCUUUUUUAUUUAUUUUAUUUAUGUACGGAUGGAUGGGAGUGGUAUUAUUCUGAUCUCACUUGAUUAAUUCUUGAUCUGCCUGGUCGCGGUGACUCAAGGAGAGUUAGAGAUGGGUGUUGGGAUGGGAUGUGCGUGUGGGCUAUUUGGCUAUCAUUGAAUGGAGAAGUUGAGGAAGUUGUAAACACGAAUAAGAGAACGAGCAGAGAGAGCCAAAGAGAGAUGAGAUAUGCCUUGCGAAUAAGUGUACCGAUUAAGUAGUGACGGGCUGUGCUUUGGCUGUUUGAAUAGAUGUUUUGCUGCGUGUAUAUCACCCAUUGUUUUAACAGUGCAUGAUGAGAGUUAUCUCUUAACAACGCAUCAUCAAGACCCACAUAUUUAUAGCUUUAAGAGUAUCUGCUCAUCUUCAACUCUUACUCAA